GGUUGCCACUCACGCAAGUGUAAGUGGUUGGGUUAGUGUAGUUUAAUACUGUAGGAUCAUCUCGUAAAUUGGACAUAGAUUUAUAACAAAUAGUCACUAUGGUGACUGUUAACAUCCGGGCGCUGACUUCGCCUGUGGGCAUUGUGCGGAUACUGGAGGUCAUUUUUACAUGUAUCUCCUUCAGCCUAGCAGCAUCGGUCAUCACGUCCACAGAUUCCUUCUGGACAUUUUGCAUGUUCACCUGGUGUUUAUGCUUUGCCGUCACCAUCCUCAUACUCACAGUGGAGUUCUGUAAUGUCAACGGCUCCCUUUAUAUCUCCUGGGAUGACUUCACCACAGCCUUUGCCAUGUUGGCCACACUCAUGGAGCUUAGUGCGUCCAUCAUCUUCGCCAACUUCUUCACAUGUUCUACAUGUGCUGAACUGAUCGCCGCUUGUGUGACUUCCUUCCUGGCCUUCAUUUUGUACGCCACUGAGGUCGGCUUGACCAGAGCCAGAGCUGGAGAAAUAAGUGGAUUUCUUUCCACUGUCCCAGGGCUCCUGAAAGUGCUCGAGGCCUACGUUGCCUGCAUUAUCUUUGUAUGUGUGCAAUACGUUCCGUACGAUUUUUUCCCAGGGCUCCAAUGGUGUGUUGCUGUCUACUCCAUUUGCUUAAUUUUUGCCCUUCUUGUCAUAAUCUUCACCAUCUGCCGACUUCUGUCUCUGUUACCAGCACCGUUUGAUAAAGUUCUUAUUGUAUGCAAUGUGUUGGCAGUUUUGAUGUACAUCACCGCUGUAGUCAUAUGGCCCUAUUACAGUUUAAAGGAUAAUCCCAGACCAUCCUAUUGCAAUAACUUUCCAAAUUCGUGUGGGUGGAAUUUGUUAGUGGUUAUCAGUGUUAUGACUUGUGUCAACCUUAUUGCGUACAUCGUUGAUACAUUUUAUUCCUUCCGGCUGGUCUUCUUUAUAAGUAGAACCUAAAGUCAAGUUUUGAAAAUUGGAAAGUUUUCAUUUAAAGCCUUCUCGCGGUGUAUGUUAAAUGUUAUGUGAUGUCAGAAAUGAUUAAAUUAAGAGAUGUCAAAUUCACAUAUCUUGAUAGACACACACUCUACUUUUGAUGCAGUGUUGUUAAUUGCGGCACUUUCACUCUGUCGCAAACUCAUCUACUGAUGUGCUAUGAAUGUUCUCAUGUUAUAUAUGCAUCAAAUGAAUAA